AUGUCCGACACCGAAACCGAAAUUGCUCUAAUACGCCGGCUUCACACGUUGGCCCCAACGUUGCCCCAACGCCACUCGCCCAACGUUGAAUCCAUAAUGUCAAACAGAGCGCGACUGUUGGUGGAACUAGCUCGAAAUUCAGCAUCUAGUGCAGUAGCCUCUCACCAAGUGCCCAAAGACGAUAACAUUAACAAUUUUGCGACCCAAUUGAACGAUGCAUCAGAUCCUCAAAGAACAGAGAGCAUGGUUCAAGUGUCAGUUCAAGAUCUAUUAGGAAAUGCAGAAUUGGUAGAUAAUCCAAUUUUAACAGUCCUAGAAGUGGCAGAAAUCCCAAAAGAAACAUCGCAUUCCAAAACUGAUGAAAAGUUAUAUUAUUUGGAACAAAACACAGAUUCUGAUAGUGGUAUUGUACCAAUAAUUGACUAUCAGGAAGAAGUUGUAGCAGAUGAAGAAGAGGUCCAUGAUGCAACUUCAGAUACUGAAAGACAUUCAGAACCAGAUCCAUUUCAGGAAAGUGGCAGCGAGUAUCUGCCAACAGAUACUGACUCAGAAAAUAGUUUAGGAAACGAAAACGUUGAAAACCAAGGAGGUGGAAACCAAGAAGAUCGUCGGACACCGGAUGGAAGAACAAAAAAACGUAAGAGUAAAGGGCAAAGAGAUCCAUCGCAAUGGAAACGAGCAAAAAAUUCGCAAGCGAGACUUAAAGGCCAUGCAUACAUGGGAUUUCAGAAAAAUACUGGAGGCAAGUACCAGCAAACAGUCUGUAGAGUUCAGCGCAAAGUAAAGCCGUCAUGUGGGGGACACAAAAAUGACUCUAAGGGACCACAACAAAAAUUUGAAUGUUUGCAAAUUACAAAUGAAAUGCGUAAUCAAAUAUUUCAAUCUUUUUGGGAAAUUAGUUCUUGGGAAGGUAAAAAAAUUUAUGUAAGUAGUCUUGUACUGCACUCUCAGCCCAAACACAGAAGACGAAACACUGCAGAAGAAGAGUCUCGAAAGAAAACAGGGUUUAAAUAUUAUUUAAUAACUAAAGAUAAUCCAGAGUCUACCAAAAAAUAUCACGUAUGCAAGAAAAUGUUUUUAGCCACUUUAGGUAUUGGAGAAAGAUGUGUAAGAGAAUGGGUUUUAAACAAAUGUUUACCAAAUAUGGAGCUAGGUAUUGAACCGGCUUUAGUAGAGCCACAUCAGGAUUCCGAAUGCACAAAAAAUGUUAAUCAAUUCUUAGACAGCUUGCCUAAAGUUGAAUCGCACUACUGUCGAGCAUCCACUAGGAAACUUUAUUUGGAACCCACUUGGAAUAGUUACAGACAUUUGCAUCGUGAGUUUAUUAACUAUUGUGAACGUCAAAACCUAAGAUCUUGUUCUUGGAGACUUUUCUAUAAAACUUUUAAGACAAGAAAUCUUGAAAUUUAUACACCUCGUAAGGACCAGUGCAACACAUGCGUGAAGUUUAAAAAGGGAAAUUUAAGUCAAGCAGAUUACGAUAGUCACGUUGCCAAGAAAGAACAGGCACGGUCAGAAAAAGAGCAAGAUAAACAAGAAGCUAUCUCAUCAGAGGCAGGAAACUCAAAAAGUCAAAUUAUGUUUCCUACAAAAUGGUUGAUAUGGCCAAUAUUUUUUAAAAAUAUAUGUGAAAUUGGAAAGCUUCCAGAAAUGGGAUACAUUUCUGAGAAAUGA